AUGCCCGGGGGCGCAGGCGCCGCCCGGCUCUGCCUGCUGGCGCUCUCCCUGCAGCUCCUCCGGCCGCGGGCGGCGCGGGAGCAGGGAUGGACGAGAAGAGGAAGUGGGGAAGGCAGCCCCCAGCUACAGCAUGAACUCAUAAUACCUCAGUGGAAGACUUCAGAAAGCCCCAUGAGAGAAAAGCAUCCAUUCAAAGCUGAGCUCAGGGUAAUGGCUGAGGGGCGAGAACUGAUCCUGGACCUGGAGAAGAAUGAGCACCUUUUUGCUCCAGCCUACACAGAAACCCACUAUACUCCAAGUGGUAACCCUCAAACCACCACGCUGAAAUCAGAGGAUCACUGCUUUUACCAUGGCACGGUGAGGGAGGCAGAGCAAUCCAGUGUCACGCUCAGCACCUGCCGGGGAAUUAGAGGACUCAUCAUGGUGAGCAGUAACCUCAGCUACAUCAUCGAGCCCCUCCCUGACAGCGAGGGCCAACACCUAAUCUACAGAGCUGAACAUCUCAAGCUGCCCCCAGGAAACUGCGGGUUUGAGCACUCCAAGCUCACCACCAGGGACUGGGCCCUUCAGUUUACACACCAGACCAAGAAACGACCUCGCAGGAUGAAAAGGGAAGAUUUACACUCUAUGAAGUACGUGGAGCUUUACCUCGUGGCUGAUUAUGCAGAGUUUCAGAAGAAUCGACGAGACCAGGAUGCCACCAAACACAAGCUCAUGGAGAUCGCCAACUAUGUUGAUAAGUUUUACCGAUCCUUGAACAUCCGGAUUGCUCUCGUGGGGUUGGAAGUGUGGACUCACGGCAACAUGUGUGAAGUUUCGGAGAAUCCAUACUCUACCCUCUGGUCGUUUCUUAGCUGGAGGCGCAAGCUGCUUGCCCAGAAGAACCAUGACAACGCACAAUUAAUCACGGGCAUGUCCUUCCAUGGCACCACCAUCGGCCUGGCCCCCCUCAUGGCCAUGUGCUCUGUGUACCAAUCCGGAGGAGUCAACAUGGACCACUCCGAGAAUGCCAUUGGUGUGGCUGCCACCAUGGCCCAUGAGAUGGGCCACAACUUUGGCAUGAGCCACGACUCUGCAGAUUGCUGCUCAGCCAGUGCAGCGGAUGGCGGGUGCAUCAUGGCAGCUGCCACUGGGCACCCCUUUCCCAGAGUGUUCAACAGAUGCAACAGGAGGGAGCUGGACAGGUAUCUGCAGUCAGGUGGUGGAAUGUGUCUCUCCAAUAUGCCAGAUACCAGGACGCUGUACGGAGGCCGGAGGUGUGGGAACGGGUACCUGGAAGAUGGGGAAGAGUGUGACUGUGGAGAGGAAGAGGAAUGUAACAACCCCUGCUGCAAUGCCUCUAACUGCACCCUGAGGGCAGGGGCGGAGUGUGCCCAUGGCUCCUGCUGCUACCAGUGUAAGCUGCUGGCUCCUGGCACCCUGUGCCGUGAGCAGGCCCGGCAGUGUGACCUCCCGGAGUUCUGCACGGGCAAGUCUCCCCACUGCCCCACCAACUUCUACCAGAUGGACGGCACCUCCUGUGAGGGCGGCCAGGCCUACUGCUAUAAUGGCAUGUGCCUCACCUACCAAGAGCAGUGCCAGCAGCUGUGGGGGCCUGGAGCCCGGCCUGCCCCCGAUCUCUGCUUUGAGAAGGUGAAUGUAGCAGGAGACACCUUUGGAAACUGUGGGAAGGACAUGAAUGGUGAACACAAGAAGUGCAACAUGAGAGAUGCCAAGUGUGGGAAGAUCCAGUGUCAGAGCUCUGAGGCCCGGCCCCUGGAGUCCAAUGCGGUGCCUAUCGACACGACCAUCAUCAUGAAUGGGAGGCAGAUCCAGUGCCGGGGCACCCAUGUCUACCGGGGUCCCGAGGAGGAGGGUGACAUGCUGGACCCAGGCCUGGUGAUGACAGGGACCAAAUGUGGCUACAACCAUAUUUGCUUCGAGGGGCAGUGCAGGAACACCUCCUUUUUUGAAACCCAGGGCUGCGGGAAGAAGUGCAACGGCCACGGGGUGUGCAACAACAACCAGAACUGCCACUGCCUGCCGGGCUGGGCCCCGCCCUUCUGCAAUACUCCGGGCCACGGGGGCAGCAUCGACAGUGGGCCCAUGCCCCCCGAGGGUGUUGGUCCUGUGAUAGCUGGAGUGUUCUCAGCCCUCUUUGUGCUGGCGGUACUGAUGCUAAUGUGUUAUUGCUGCAAACAGAACAACAAACUGGGCCAACUCAAGCCCUUAGCUCUCCCUUCCAAGUUGAGGCAACAUUUCAGUUGUCCCUUCAGGGUGUCUCAGAAUAGCGGAACUGGUCAUGCCAACCCAACUUUCAAGUUGCAGACGCCCCAAGGCAAACGAAAGGUGAUCAGCACUCCAGAAACCCUACGGAAACCUUCCCAGCCCCCUCCACGACCCCCUCCAGACUAUCUGCACAAUGGGUCCCUACCUGCACCAUUGUCAGCACACCUGAGCAAGGCUGCUAGGAACUCCCCAGGGCCCGGGUCUCAAGUGGAGAGAAGGGAGUCGUCUAGGAGGCCUCCCCCAAAUCGGCCAGUGCCCCCUGCACCAAAUUGCAUCCUCUCCCAGGAUUUCGCUAGGCCUCGGCCGCCCCAGAAGGCACUCCCGGCAAACCCAGUGCCAGGCCGCAAGACACUCCCCAGGCCGGGCAGUGCCUCCAUGCUGAGGCCUCCUGCCACCACCCCUCAGCAGUCCCGGCCUUUGGUACCACCUACUCCAAAGUUUCCAGAAUACAGAUCACAGAGAGCUGGUGGGAAGACUCGCUCGAAAAUCUAGACUCCCUAAGGGGUUCCUACUUUUCCUCUGUGGACUCUGGACACCCUAGAGGAUCCACGGCCACAGAACCCAAAAGAAGCAUGUCUGGCCACCUCUGAGCCCUGCCUGCCCUCCUUCAGAAC